AUGCCGCGAGCUCCCGCCACGUCCGAUCUGUAUACGCGAACCACCCAUCAUACCGACACACACGGGCAGAGCGUACAAAAGAAGUGGCUGUACGCUCCGUCCAGCGAGGACGGCAAUGACCGCGAGAGUGGCAUCGGCAUCUCGGUGACGGCCCCGUGCAUCGAAGUGGACGAAGCAGACGACGACUCUGUGCUAGCGCAAGACGCAAGCAUCAGCCGACUCGACUUCAUCUCCCUGCUUCCCGCCGAGCUGGCCAUCCAUGUCCUGGCGUUCCUGGACGCCAAUGCACUGGCCAAAGCGAGCUGCGUCUCUCGCGGCUGGGACAAAAUGAUUCGAAACAAACACAUCUGGAGAGAGUCAUGCCUCAGGGAGACGACACCAACGUACGCGACCGGCAGUCCCGUGUCGCCCGGAGCCGGUCUGGGCAUCCCGCCGGUGACGCCCGGGGUGGACUGGAGAAAGGUGUACCGGGCCAAGCACGAAUUGAGCCAGAGGUGGAAGGGCGGCAAGGCGCGGCCCGUCUAUCUAAACGGGCACUUGGAUAGCAUCUACUGUCUGCAAUUCGACGAGUACAAGAUUGUCUCUGGCUCCCGCGACAAGACGAUUCGCGUGUGGGACAUGCACACGCUCGAGUGCCGACUCAUCAUCGGCCCUCCCGAAGUCGUAUACAACGCAAACCUGCUCCGCGACGACGAGGGGAAUGCGAUCCAUUACGCGUCGAGUUCCGACACCAGGCGGACAGCUCAGUCGACGCCUACGGUGGCGUCGUUUGCCGAGCACCACAAAGCCUCCAUCUUGUGUCUGCAAUACGACGACAAGAUUCUGGUGACGGGAUCGUCAGAUGCCAGCUGUAUCGUGUACGACAUUCAGGCCGGCUAUCGACCGAUCCGCAGACUGCGCCACCACACGGCUGCCGUGCUGGACCUGGCCUUUGACGACAAGCACAUUGUGACGUGCAGCAAGGACAUCAGCAUCUGUGUCUGGGACCGUGAGACGGGCAACCUCGUCCGCCAGCUGCGCGGCCACACAGGCCCAGUCAACGCGGUGCAGAUGCGUGGCAACACAAUUGUGUCCUGCUCUGGGGACUUUCGUGUCAAGCUCUGGAACAUUGACACGGGCAAGAACAUCCGCGAGUUUGUCGGGCACACCAAGGGCCUGGCGUGCUCGCAGUUCUCCGAGGACGGGCGGUACGUGGCGUCGGCCGGCAACGACAAGGUGAUUAGGAUCUGGGACGCCAACACGGGCGAGUGCCUGCGAGAGAUGCAGGCGCACGAGAACCUGGUGCGAAGCUUGCACAUUGACAGCGUCAGCGGACGCCUGAUCAGCGGCAGCUACGACACGGACAUCAAGGUGUGGGACAUGGAGACGGGGCACCAGCUGCUCGACUUUCCGCGGUGGCACGCAAGCUGGGUGCUCAGCGCCAAGAGCGACUACAGGCGCAUCGUCAGCACCGGACAGGACCCCAAGAUUCUCAUCAUGGACUUUGGCGCCGGCGUCGACGGCAUCGAGCUGUUGCAGAGCGGCACCUCGGACUUGGAUAAGAGAGGGUUUAUCUGA